GCUGUGGACUCUGGACAGCCAGGCCACAGAGAACUGAACAGGGGGAAUGUUUCAGCCCAUAUUGUGGAGUUUGAGCAGUGCAGAAACUGAAGGAAUAUACUUUCUGGGCUCUGUGUUCAUCUAGGCUACAGGCUGUCUUGGCUGGAGGAAGUUUGCUGAUGCCCUGAAAUUAGAGUGGCCUCCGAUAAGUGAACGUUCACAGCCGAUGUGAACUUUUGAUCCUUCUGCUGACUGGUAACGAGUUUGGCGGUGUGGGCAGACCUCCUGUGCGUGAUGGCAUCAAGUGCAGAAAGCCAGCUGCAGAGGAUUAUCAGAGAUUUGCAAGAUGCUGUGGUUGAACUCAGCAAGGAGUUUAAGGAUCUCGGGGAGCCAAUUACAGAUGACAGCACCAACUUGCACAAGUUUUCCUACAAGCUUGAGUAUCUUUUACAGUUUGACCAAAAGGAGAAGGCCACUCUCCUAGGGAACAGGAAAGAUUACUGGGAUUACUUCUGUGACUGUCUGGCUAAGGUGAAAGGAGCCAAUGAUGGCAUCCGCUUCGUCAAGUCUAUUUCAGAGCUCCGAACAUCUCUUGGGAAGGGAAGAGCAUUCAUACGUUAUUCUCUAGUGCAUCAGAGACUGGCAGACACCCUGCAGCAAUGUCUCAUGAAUACCAAAGUAACCAGUGACUGGUACUAUGCGAGAAGCCCAUUCCUGAAGCCUAAAAUGAGCUCCGACAUUGUUGGCCAGCUGUACGAGCUCACGGAGGUCCAGUUUGAUCUGGCGUCCAGAGGUCACGAUCUGGAUGCUGGGUGGCCAACGUUUGCAAGGAGGACUCUGGCCUCCCUUGGACCUUCAGCGUACUUGUGGAAACCCCCAAGUCGGAGUUCAAGUAUGAGCAGUCUGGUGAGCAGCUAUCUGCAGACUCAAGACUUGGCUUCCAGCUUUGAUGUGAACAGCUCCAUGAACGCAGAGGCCCUGGAAGGGUUUGAUGAAAUGCGUGUAGAGCUAGACCAUUUAGAGAUAAGAGAAAAGGAGCUUCAGGAUCGCCUGCAGCAGUUGGAGAGGGAGAACCAGGAGCUGAGGAAGGCCGUGAGCCUCCCAGCAGAGCAGGAGACGGGAAGAGGCCUGACAGAGGAGAACGCCCGGCUGAUCGAAAGGGUGGCCGAGCUCCAGAAGGAGUGUCUCAUCUCCCAGUCAACUCAGAGCACCCUGCAGGAGCUACAGAAGUGUCUGAAGAUGUUGGAGCUGGGCACAGCUGAAAAUAAAAGGGAAUACCAUUCAACCCUGCAACAUCUGGAGUCAAAAUUACAGCCCCUGGUGCAGCAGGUGGAGACGGCCUGGGCCGCCAUCACCAUGAAAGACCAGUGCAUUGCUGACCUCCAGGCCAAGCUGGCCACAGCUGAGCAGAGGAACCUGGACACGGUGGCAGAAGGAGACACAGUGAUGGACAUGAGGGGCCGGCAGGCAUCCGAUCAAGUCAGCUUCUCCCAGGACCUCCAGGAUCUAGUGGAAAAGCAAGUGGUGGAGCUGGAGAGGCUGACCAAGGAGUUAAAACAGAAAGAGGAGGCCCAUGGAGAGCUUGAGUCCAAGUUCAGCAUUUUGGCCACUAGCUCGCGAGAAGAAAACAGGAAGCUGCUCAGUGACCUGGAGGGCUUAGUCAAGGAGAUGGAGCCUUUACGGGAAGAACUGUCAUCGAAAGGGAAGGAGGUGACUGACCUCCAGCUCCAGCUCAGAGAAUCCCUGGCACGCUCAAGGUCUCUUGAAAAGGAAUUGGAAGAGUUAAAAAAGGAAGAGAGGCUUCAUGGGGACGAGACCAAAUCCCUCACCAAGCAGCUCCAGCUCCUGGAAGUCCAGUUGUCCCAGGCAAACCAGCGCGUGAGCGAUCUGGAGGAGCAGCGGAAGCAGCUGCUUGGCGACCGGGACCGUCUCCACCAGAAGGUGGGGGAGCUGGAAUAUGUCACUGGGCAGCAGAGCCAGGAGCUUGGUGCUGCCGGGGAGAAGAGCAAGGAGCUGAGCUCGGGGGACUCCCUCCUGCUUCAGGCCCAGCAGAAACCGGGAGAGCAGCAGAAGGGGCCCCAGGAGGCCAAAGCCUCCUUGGAAUUGGGAGCGGCCCUGCCCCAGGGACAGAGCAGCGAGGCCCAGGCGUCCAUCAGUGAGAAGGAGAAGGAGCUCCAGGCAGGAAACAGGGAGCGGGAUGAGGAGCUUCAGAAUGCCCUCCACAGAAACCAGAUCCUCGAGGACAAGCUCAAGGCCCUGCAGGUGGAUUACGAAGACCUGAGGCAGCGCGAGGCAGCCAUCAAGGGCUCCCUGGCUUCCCUGGAAGCAGAGCAGGCCAGCAUCCGCCAUAUUGGUGACCAAAUGGAGAAGAGCCUCCUCGCUGUGAAGAAGGCCAAGGAGACCAUGAAGGCCCAGGUGGCUGAGAAGGAGGCGGCCAUCCAGAGCAAGGAUGCCGAGUGCCAGCAGCUGCGGGCAGAGGUGGAGAGGUAUCAGAGGCAAGUCGAGGCCCACGAGGAGGAGAUGAAGGGCCUGAGGAGCACGUGCCAGCAUCAGACCCAGCUGAUUGAGGGCCUCAGCCUAGAAAAGGGAAUGAUGGAGAAAAAAGCCCAGCUGGAGCAAAGUGUGGACCGGGAGAAAGGCACCCAAGAGCUGGCCUCCCAUCUGGUGCUGACACAGAAGCAGCUGGAGAUCCACCAGGAUGAGGCCAGGAGGUUGCAGGCAGAGGUGGUUGAGCUCCGAACCAAGCUGCAGAGGGCCGUGGAGGGCCAGGAGAAGGCCCAGAGCCGGCUGGAGGUGGUGGAGACCCUCCUGGAGGAGCACAGAAGCCUGGUCCAGCAGCUGAAGGAGCAGAAUGAGGGCCUCAACAGGACUCACGUUCAAGAGCUGCUCCAGUGCACUGAGAGGGAACAUGUGCUGAAGGAGGAGAAGGCUGGGGAAGCCCGACAGAGGGCUGAGCAGGAGAGUCAGCUCCGCGAAGAGUUGUCCCGGGCCAGACAGGAUGCCGAGCUGGCCCAGCUGGAACACGCCGAGGUCCAGGAGCAGCUCCACCGGGCCAACACAGACAUGGCCGAACUCGGCAUUCAGGUCUGUGCCCUGACGGCAGAGAAGGCGCGGGUCGAAGAGAAGCUUGCCCAGGCCUCUCAGAAGCUCGGGGAGGCUGAAGAGAGGGCUUCCAGGGAACGUGAGGGCCUCCAGCGGGAGUUGGAAGGGCUCAGGAAGGAAAGGGAGAGCCUGCAGGAGAAACUGAAGGUGGCCCAGGAGAGUGCCCACGCUCUGCCCAGCCUGCAAAGCCAGCUGAGCCUGGCCGAGAAGCAAGCCCAGAGUUUGCGGGAGGCUGGUCAAGAAGAGCUCUCCACAGUGAAAUUCCAGAUGAGCACAGAGAUCAUGAACUGCCAAGCCAAGCUCAAGGCAGUGAGUGAAGAAUGUAAGAAUCUAAAGGGUCAACUGGAAGAAAAAGACGGGCAGCUAAGGGCAGCUGAAGAGGAGACUGCAAAGCUGAAGGCCAUGGAAGCAGGGUUGGGAAAGGAAUUGGAGCGCUCAACAGAACAGCUGGCCAAGUACCAAGCUGCAGUCAUGGCGAAGGAAGAGGAAGUCGCAGCCUUGAAUGCCAGCUUGGAAAGGAUGCAAAAGGAACUCGAAAAAUCAGAUGCAAAGGUCCAGGAACACUGGGACAAGCUCAACCGGGAGAUGGCAGAUCGAGAGACAAAUGAACAGCAGAUGCUGGCCAAUUUGGAUGAUCUGAACAAAACCAAGAAAUACCUUGAAGAACGGCUAAUAGAACUUCUCAAGGACAAGGAUGCUCUUUGGCAAAAAUCUGAUGCCCUGGAAUUCCAGCAAAAACUGAGUGCAGAAGAAAGGUGGCUUGGAGACACAGAGGUGAAUCACUGCUUGGACUGUAAGAGGGAGUUUAGCUGGAUGACCCGGCGGCAUCACUGCAGGAUAUGUGGUCGCAUUUUCUGUUAUUACUGCUGCAACAAUUACGUCACGGCCAAGCGCAGCGGCAAGAAGGAGCGCUGCUGCCGGGCCUGCUUCAGGAAGUACACGGAAGGGUCCGGCUCCCCAGACAGCUCCGGCUCAGCCACCUCCCAGGGCGAGCUCCUCUCCUCUCCAUCCAUGUCCACGGGCGACCUGGCCGCCACAGUCAGAGCGGCACCUCCAGACUUUCGACCCCCCGACGAUGCUGUGUUUGAUAUCAUCACCGAUGAGGAAUUGUGCCAGAUACAGGAAUCUGGCUCCCUCCCCGAAACACCCCCUGAAACGGAUUCGCUCGACCAAAGCGUGGCUGAACAGGACAGCACAUCAAACUCUUUAACACCCGAUGGCUCUGAAGACAUGCCAGUGGGUCAGGAUGCAGAGAUCUGCUUGCUGAAAUCUGGAGAGUUGAUGAUAAAAUUACCCCUCACAGUGGAAGAGAUCAUAAAUUUUGGGGAAAGCAACAGAGAGCUGUUCGUCAGAUCCAGCACUUACAGCAUCAUCCCAAUCACUGUGACUGAGACCGGCCUCACCAUCAGCUGGGUCUUCUCCUCUGAUCCCAAGAGCAUAUCAUUCAGUGUCGUCUUCCAAGAGUCUGAGCACGCUGCCUUGGAUCAGUGUAAGGUUCUAAUUCCCAUGAUCCGUUGCAAUUCCCACCGGGAGAACAUCAAAGGUCAGCUGAAGGUCAGGAACCCAGGGAUUUACAUCCUGAUAUUCGACAAUACCUUCUCAAGGUUCAUCUCCAAAAAAGUCUUUUAUCACCUGACAGUUGACUGGCCUGUGACCUACGACGGGACUGAUUUGCCAUAGAUUUGAACCCCCGCGAUCUUAACCGCUUCACUUUAUCCACGGGAAACACUACUCUUAUUUAUGUAUCACAUAAACACUAAAGAAAAGAAAGCCUGGCAGCCCCUGAACCGCACGGUUUUAAAUCUGGAGCGUCUUGGGCAUCCUCCCUGGAAGCUUCCGCUGUCUAGGAACACUCUACUCUGUACUGUGUACAGAUGGCUGUUGGCUUGUGCACCUUGCUACAGCCCAGUGAUCUAUCUCUUCUAAUAUUUAAGGACCUCAGCCACAGCCUUUUGGGGGCUUAAGAUUAACACCCAAAAAACACGAAUUUCCCAGAGGGAUUCACUUGAGUUUGCAAUACUUGGAUACUUAAAAGAGAUCGUCUCUUCUCUGGGCAGCUGUUUUUUAUACCUGCUGUUGUUUAUACCCAAGAAACCAGGAGGGCACCUGUUUUAAAAAGCUGGGGUGGGGGAAGACCUGGAGGGAGGGGGGCGGGAAAUGGAUGAAUCCUCCAAACUGUUGGAGUGGGUCGAAGGGAGACACACUGCCUCAGGCAGUGAUCAGCAGUGGUCUGUCACCGUCACCAUCCUUGGCAUGAUGCUGUAAGGGUGGUAAGCUCCUUUUAAACACCAGCUAAUACUCCAGGAAAUGAAUCAUGCAAGGGAGUCAUCAAAAUGAUUGCUGUGAAAUAGGAAAGUCAGUUCAGUCCGGUGGCCAUUUAUUCAACACCAGCUAUGGGCAAAGAUGAAAAGGAAACAGCCCCUGCCUUCCGGAAGCUUCCACUCUGACAUUCACGUGGAUACCUUGAAAGGUGAGACUUGUGAAUGCUUGGUCUGUAGCCCGCUCGUGUUCCCUUCUCCCUCUCCUCGUCCCCCCAGGCUGGGGGCUUCUCCAAAGCUCAGCAUAGCCCCUCUUCUUCCCAAGCCUCCCUCUGAGUGUGUCUGAUCUCCUUGAAUAAGCCGGUAACUGUACAGUUGGCCUUUGAGUCUCAGCCUUCUGAACAGAUGGGAGGUAGAGUCACCCCAUUACAGAUGUGGUCGCAGACAGGAGUGUCGAUCGUGAAGACAAGCAAAUGAUGAGGUUGUCUGAGCCAGAGUCCCAAUGAGCAGCUUUCUCACAUUGAACACGUACCUGCUGAUGUCUGCGAUGGGAAAGAAAAAGAGCAAAGGCUUGCAUUUCUUUGGCAUUGUGCAUCUCUCCUUCUGGCUGCUGUUUUUGGAGGACCCAAGAAGACCUUUUGCCUUGAGCAGAGGCUUUGGCCCCAAAACUUUUUUUUUCCCUUAACUGAAACUGGCUCCCUGGUACUAAAUGCAAAUGUGUUUAUGGAAAUACAAACACAUUUUCAUUUACUGAUGACUGUAACCAAAGCAUAGUUCUGAUUUCAGAAGAAAUCAGUUUUUAAAGAGUAUUUCUUUGAAAACAGAAGCAUCGGUAUAAUCAGGCCUGCACAACGUGUGGCCCGCCAAAAGGAUUUCGGGUAGCCUGUAAAAAAUGUAGAGGAUGUUUUAUUAUUAUGUAGAGGACUGCAUUUUUAUUCCUUGAUUUACUCUUUAGCUCUGACACAUAUAUAGGGCAUAUUGUUUGCAAAGCCAUGAUAUUUUUUCCUUUUGUCCCCAUCUCAUGCCUUUUAAAGAACUCCUCCUCUCAUACCAAACACUUCUCUCUUCUUGAGGAGAAUGACUGUAUCUUUUCCAUUUGAUACUGUGCCCUCUUCCCAAACAUGGGGCACCAUCUUUGCUUAUGUCCUUUUCUACCUACACUUCCUGAACUGUCUUUUCCAAGGUCAUUUGUUGUCCCUCAGACUUCAGGUUCUUCCUGAAAUGUGGUGCUCCUGAAGGAAGGGCGUGCUUUAGUCCUAAGGAAGAGAAAAAGUAUUGGAAAGAGUGAUGGACUGGGGGCUCACAGGACCCACCCUGAAUCAACCUACAGGAGCAGAAAGCCAGUUGAUUCAGGCUUUCAGCUGGGAAAGGAGUAACAGUGGCGCUGUUCAUUCCAGGGUUUUUGGGAGAAGUGGGGGAGAAGAGAGAGAAGAAGGAUGGGGACCUGAGAGAAGAAGCGUGAGAUGGGAAUGGAGUUUGGGAAAGCAUCAGCAUGAUGGGGCCCAUCUUCAGAUCUGUUUUCAUUGACUUUUUUUUUUAUCAAAAUGUUAUCAGGAAGAUUAUUCAGGGCUGAUGGCAGCUUCUAGUUGCCCGUUUUAAAGACAUUUCAUUACCGUCCUCCUUCUGUCAGAGGGUGGAAAGAAAAAAAUGGACACUGAUUAGAACCCCAGACCAGCCCCCAGAAAAGGAUCCUCAAAGAAGGUGUCUGAAACUUCUGGCUCCAAUGUGAUGUGGGCCAUCCUCCUCCAUUGCUAUGAAGAAUCAAGGGUUGGCAGUAUUGCUGAGAGAAGCUAAAAAUUGAAAAGUAAACCUUCAAAUAACUUGAUUUUUCUCUUUGGGGCAGCCACUUUUAUCUAGGACACCAGUCCACAUCAGGAGCCUCAGCUGGAUGGCCUGACCCCCUAGCUGAUAACAUUGUCAUGACCACCAGCAAAUAUUUACAGACUUCUACUACAUCCAAGUCAUUGGGUUGGGUAUUGGAAUAUGUCUUUCCAACUGAGAUUCAUUGCAUCUUGCUGUCAUAGACUGUAGCAGGGGGACCUGUUAUAGAUUUUUAAAAAACAAAAAAAUCCCAAUUCAUUGCUUCUUCGGAAGUCAGUCACAGAUGUCAUAAGGAGAUACUUUACUUAGGAGGUAUAGAAUUUUGAUUAUUCUCAUAGAUGGGCAAUCAGAUUGAAAAUGAAUGUCACUUCAUUGUAUUCAGAGGGCUACCUAGAUCACACCGUGGUCAUUUCACUAACUGUAAUUGUAGCCGCACAUUUACUUUUGUGUGCUAAACACAUCUUGUGCUUUCGAUGAGGCAGUUCUUCAGAGGUUAGCUUUUUAAUGGAUUCCUAAGAUUGGAAACACUGUAACACUAUGCAAUGACAGCACUUACAUCUAGGUAUGGCUUUAAACUGCGUCACUUUAGUUUACAGCUAGAUUGCCAAUUUCACUAGGAGUGGUAGGUUUUAGUUUUUGUUGUAUAACUGAGACCUGUUGAAUAUUUUAGCUCUGGCUGUGACCCACUGACAAGAAAUAAUCCAAUGGGAAGCAUCCUUGGAAUUUCAAAUUUUGAAAGAAGGGCAGCAUUUGAUUGGCAGGCAUCCAAGAGAAAGAUAACUUAGUUUUGUAGGUCCCAGGUUACUUGGAUAGCCACUGCCCUGAGACCAUUAGUUAAAUCGCAGAACUCCAAGAACCAGGUCAGAUUUAUCCAGUCAUAUUCUGGUAUAAACCAGUUGGUGUUUUUCAUUGUUGAAAAAAAAUUGUGUCUAAGUACAUACUUGAGAGAGCACUUUAUGAUUAUAGCAUUUGUGAUUCAGAAAGAUUAGAUUAAGCAAAACCUUUCCCUGCUUUUAUUUAUUCUUAUCUAGAAACCUGAGAAUUAGUUAAGCAAUAGGGCUUUAAAAAUGGAAAAGGACAAUAGUGUGUGAAUAUGAAAUAAUAAGAUUGAUUUUUUUUUUCACCUCUCACCUAGGCUCAUCAGUCCUGUUACUUAGUAAUGCUCCUGGAUAUAGGUCCUACUCAAAGUGCUAGGAAAAUAUGACAAAGAUGGCUAAAGCAUGAGGCACUAGCAAUGUCAAAGGCAAAUUCUUGAUGAAAUGAAACCACUUUUAUUUUGAGAGAAAAGCCAUGCUUUGAGAUGUGACUUAACAUUUUCCUUGUCACAGCCCUGUGUGGUUUCAUGUAGAAAUGUCGGUCACAUCCUCUAUGCUAAGAAUUUAAGCUUUGGUGCCCAUAGAUGCUAAAUUCAGUUCAGCUGUCCAAGGCACCAUGCUAGCUGCUGGAGGUAUGAAGACAAAAAUGAACCAGUUCCUGCCCUCAGGAAGUUUAAGGUGAACUAAGUGAUACUAUAUGUCCACAGAUGAGGGAGUGAAGGAGGGAGCGUUAACAUGUCCUUCCAAGGUCCGUUUUAUUCCAGGGUCACUGGAGGUGGGGAAUAGAAAACAGAAGCCUCUCUGCUAAGGUGACGCCUGAUCUGGGUCCCAGAGUGAGAGACAGGUGCUUAGUGAUCCAAUGAGAUCGGUCAUAGGUGAAUUGAAAUACAGGUGUCAAAAAAAACCCCUACUUCUUCUUUGUGAAACCUUCACUAGGCUUUGCUCUAUUUCAUUGUUUCUCAUGGGGUUCUUCCAAAAGGCAGGAAAAACUGAAUUCACUGCAUGUUCUUUGGUCAUCUAAUAAUUCUUUAGAAGAAGAAAAAGGUUACAUAUCUGAAAGGUUAACCAGGGCAAGGCCCCCUCCAGGCCUAGCCACACAUCAUUCAAAGGGGCCCUUGGACCUUUGGCUACACUGAAGAGCAAGCAUCCAGAUCUUGGAAUCUGUGGCUUGAAAGUCAGAAUUAUGUUGUGAGACCAGCCUUCGGUGGAUCCGGCCUCAUCCUGCAUCUUGUUUGGACUCCUGAUUCAGUGGCAUCUGCCAAAGAAUUGCCUAAGAAAAGCUGGGCACCACCCCAACCCCUAGAAGUGGGGUGAGAGAUUUUUGUCACUGAAGUAUAUUCGUUCAUUAGCAAUACAUAUACUGCACCAUAUGGGGUGUUUCAUGCUUUUUGCCUUUUUGGUUUUUAUCUCAGGAAUUAAAAGGAAAAAAAUGCCA